AUGACAACGCUAUCAUCAUCACAAGAAGUUUUGGCAUUGGAGAAAGUUACUAAUAGAGAGUACACACUUGGUCAUUUACAUUACUUACUCCCAAAGCCGUUCGGGUUGAUGCUGACUGACGGACGUGAUGAAGAGAUAUCUGGGUGGCUCUCUACGACCCGUUUAGUAGGUUCAAUGAUAAAUGACCGCUUACUCUCUAGCUCCCCCGGAGACUAA